CUUUGCAGCACGAAACAAAAAGAGCAGGAAGCGCGGCCGUGAUCGCCGCAAAUACACGCGGGAGGGCCGACCGUACGCACGUUGCCGCUGUGCUCAAAAAGAGCGACGAGUUUGCGUCGACUAGCAAAUCACUGCACGCUGCACUGCGCUGCAGCGGGCGAUACCGCGGCGGAACGCCGGCGACGCGACGUAGACACAACAGGACCACCAGUGAACCAUGGGCCGCUCGCAGCGCAGCAACCGCCCACCAAAAAUGGUCACGGAAGCCACAUUCGACGUCGAGGCGCGAAAAGAUUGGCUCCAAGGGUUCCGGAAGCGGAAGCGCGAGCGGCGCCUCACGGGCCUGGCCCACGGCGCGCUCAAGGCGCGGAAGCAGAAGCUCGCCGACCGCGCGGCGCGGCGGUCGAUGCGGCCGCCGCCGGCGCCCGAGCCCGUCGUCCUGGACGAGGCGCCGGCGACGCGCGAGACCGUCGUGCUCACUGACAGCAAUGUCGUGGAGCAGUGGGGCGCCGCGGUCACGGUCACGACCACUGUGGGAGGUUUAGACGUGGACGCCGAAGACGCGGACGCGGCCGAGGCUUUGUUACGCGGAGCCCACGCUCCGCCUCCGAAAAAACGCGUCGACGCGGCCCAGGUCGAAGCGGGCACGCUCGAAGCCGCUCGACGAAAGGUCGCCCACCUCGGCGCGCAGUCCGCGAAACGCCAGCGCCGCGCCGCCCGGAAACGGGACGCGAACCCGCAUUUCAAGGGCGGCGGCCGCGGCGCGGCGCGCGCGCUACUGGACGGUGCGGCGGCGAAGCGCGGCGCCAAGCGUAAGAAAUAAGUAGUAGUAGUC